AUGUCGAGGCGCGUUCGCUUUACUAUUGCCCAACCAAUUACAAUUGCUGGAUGGUACAUUUCGGCGAUCUGUCUCGUCACUCUACUUGCAGUCUCCUCUGGUCCCGCUCUAAAGGAGGCUGAGCAACCUCAGAGCGAGUUCAUCUGGGCUCAGGCCUUCUACUAUGCAAUUUGGGCCACCAUCCUGUACUUCUUAGUGGCCUCAUUGCUAGUUGUCACCUACUGGGGCGCGCAUUCCGGUCACUACAGCAAGGAAUUCAACCUAACAACAAGCCAGCGAACUCUUAUGCUGCAGACUAUAAUCUUUCUAGCACAUCUACUGCUUGGAGCUCUCGUCUUCUCCUCGAUCGAAGGCUGGUCCUACCUAGACGGCGUCUAUUGGGCAGACGUGACUAUUUUCACCGUUGGGUUUGGCGAUUUUACGGUAACGACCAAUCUAGGACGGGCUCUACUAUUCCCGUAUGCUCUCAUUGGCAUCAUCAGCCUAGGGUUGAUCAUCGCCUCAAUCCGGGACAUGCUCAUAGAGCAUGGGCGUGUGCGCAUACAAGCCCGUGUGCAAGAAAACGUCCGCCGCAGGAUGGUAAGGACUAUGAGUCGGGACGGCAAGGAUGUGGUAUUGACGCCCAUCGAGCGAGACUCUGGUCGCGGCCAUGCGCCACACAGUGAGUUUGAGCGGCGGCGAUUGGAGUUUCGGCUCAUGCGCCGGAUCCAAAAGAAGGUAGCGACUCGAAGGCGAUGGGGGGCGUUGCUCACAUCCGCCUUCUCCUGGCUUAUGCUCCUGCUUGUGGGAGCCUUCAUCUUUUCCAGGUGUGAGAGGUCGUACAAGAACUGGACCUACUUCGAAGCCUUCUACUUUUCCUACGUGUCACUAUUGACAAUUGGUUACGGAGAUUUGGUCCCGACUUCGAAUUCUGGGAGGUCAUUUUUCGUCUUCUGGUCACUCUUGGCCUUACCGUCGGCGACGAUACUCAUUUCGAGUGCCGGGGACACCGUCAUCAAGUUCAUACGCGACAUCACCAUCCGCAUCGGCCAUAUGACUAUCUUACCAGGGGAUGACGAUUUCAAGCAUAGCUUCAAGGGAAUGGUGCAUGAACUAACGUGCGGUCAAGUCUUUCGGCGUGUCUAUACAAUGGAUCGCGACAUCGAGAGCAACGACCAACUGAACGACAAACAUACGACAGGCCCCUCCAAACGCCACGAGACCAGAGAAAGUGUCAGAAUCCAGCACCAUGUGUACCCGUCAGUUGCCCCAAGCCACUCCUCACCACUGCACCAUCGACAUAUACCGAAUGAGAGUACCACGCAGCAGCAUGCGAGGAACCUGGACAACCUCCCCACCGGUCAUGAUUUUAGCAUUCUUCUUGUUUCGGAAAUCCAGGUCGUGGCCAAACACGUGCGCGAGGCCAAGUCGAGACGAUACUCAUUUGACGAGUGGGCGUGGUAUUUACGCCUGAUCGGUGAGGACGAGCGCAAGCCGGACACGCAUGACAAACCACAGCCCGACGACAAGGGCAAGGUCGGGCACAACCACAAAAGCAAUGGCAAAAUGGCCGAGCGCGAAUCGGCCGCAGGCAAUCAUAGCCACGAGCCACGGAACGAGAACGGUCAUGAAAGGGUGAAGUGGUCGUGGGUUGGCCACCAGAGCCCAACUUUGGGCGAGAAAGAGGAGAGCGAGUGGAUUCUGGCAAAGUUGGUGGACAGGUUGAAGGACUCGCUAUGGAAGACCAAGAUGGAACUCGAAGGAUCAGCAACUGCGGCUUCUGGGACUUGA